AUUGUUAUUUAGUUUGUUGAUCUAAUAGCCUAAGAAUAAUGGUGAAUAUAACUGAAACAUCACCCGUGAUGGCAUAUGCUUUGGAGUUCCUACAAAGCCAUCCAGUAGUUGGUCUUAUACUUUUCAUUCCAAUUAUGAUAUUUUACCUCAUUCUACUAUUUGAUCGGACAAAAUGGAGGAAUUUGGAAAUGUCUUUGGGAGUUUGCUACAUCGUUUCACUUCCAUAUGCAAACAACCUUCUCUCAAUUUGGCUGAAUGGAGCUGAAGGCGAUUCGUUGACAAAACAUUUACUUCAGCUGAUGUUACUGGCCAUGGCGGUACAAGCAUUUGCAUUUUUCCUCACGGAUGACUCAUCUGAUUCCGUAAUCGAUUGUUCCCUCAUCAUUACGAAUAUUUUGAGUCGUGGAGGGCUUCUUCUAUCUGCAGUUUAUGCCAUGCUGUAUGUGAAAAGCUUGUCUCCACUUGCUUUGAAAUUCGACUACGUGUUUCUCUCAUUGCUAAUGGUGGGAGACUUUGUUCAUAUGAGGAAAAUUACCACAAAAGAUGGUACACUGAUAUUUGGUGAUUCAGUGAGAUUCCAUGUCGUCGUUGAUGCUUUGGGAACAUUUCUCUUGGGAGUAAUAUUACUGGGAUUUCCAAGCAUUCUGGCAGGACCCCUGAACCUCAGCACACCAGUCACGGAUGUAUGUCAAGUUUUCAUGAGAUCAUUUGGAUUUCAACUUCUAGCAGGAUCAUUGCUUUCUCUUUCCUCUCUAUGCUACAAGAAGAAUAAAGAUGUAGCAUCCAUUCUCAAGUCAAAACUAGUGAUUUAUGUUCCUGCAUCUGCCUUUAUAUUGUGGAAUGCUUGGUCUGGAUCAGCAUGCAUCAUAUGUUAUCUCUGUGUGACAGGAUUGCUCACUAUGAAUGCCUUCAUGGGAAUACUGCAGGCUGGAUUUAAACAGGACUAAAUUAAUUUUUCCUAUCUUUUUGUUUAUGAAACAACUACCACAGAUAUCUCAAAUCAAAAGUUUCAAAUUCUAAUCAUGGUUUUCUUAAAUGGUGUUACCAAUGAUUUUUAUAUCAUUUAGAGGUUUCUAAAACACUUUCAGACAAGCAUUGUUUUCAGCAUGUUUAUUCACUACUGAAGUUUAAUUAUGGAUAUUAAAAAACAACUACUACAGAUAUCUCAUAUCAAAAGUUUUACUCACACCGAAUCACGGAUUUUUAUAGUGGUGAUACCAAUGAUUUUUAUAUCACUCUAAGGUUUGCAAAACCUCUUCAGACAUAACAUUUUUAGUAUUUGUGUUCACUGUAGUUUAAUUAUUUUAACUAUGCAUAGUAUGCAAUUGUUUCUACACUAUUACAAAUAAAUUCACUGUCUUCAAGUGUUGGUGUUAUAAUUCAAUAAAACUUUACAAUUGUAUACAUC